AUGAAAGGCUUCGCCACAUACACUGAUCUGAUCUCGUGCCUGCUACUGGCCGAGGCAAAUAAUGAGCUCCUGAUGAAGAACAGUGAAGCUAGGCCUGUUGGAACAGCCCCAUUACCAGAGGCAAAUAAAGUUGAAAAGAAAAAUCCCAACGAGUGCAAUUACAUCCAGAAUGAUAAGAGAUCACACGGCAAAGGCCGAGGUGGAUACAGAAACCGUGACAAUUACUCGAACGGCCGAGGUAGAUACUUAGCCGGCCGGAAAGGAAACCACAAUAACCGUGGUCGUGGUUCCAUUCCCGACCGUGGCCGAGGCGGUUAUGGCCGAGGUCGAGGUGGUAUAUCCAAACCGUCUUACUCGACCAAAUCCGUUUGUCACAGAUGUGGGAUGAGCAACCAUUGGACCAAGAAUUGUAGAACUCCUAAGCACUUAUGUGAGCUCUACCAAGAAAGUAUUAAGGACAAGAACCCGGAGGCUCAUAUGGUUCAUGAUUCCGGAUAUGAGGCUGAUAAAGAAUCCGAUGUUGCAAAUGACGACCUGAUGGACUUUGAGACUUCUGAUUCUGAUAGCCAGACCAUUGCUCAUGCGGUCACAGCUCCCGGUAUCAGCGUGGGGACAUGCCGUACUACAUGCAGCAGAACUGAUUCGCAUCAGGCCAUCUAG